CAAUUGAGCUACGACUUUUCUUUGUCUCUUGACCAAAAAAGAAAAAGCCCUGCCGCGCUCACUUGUUUGCUCUUCUGCUCUCUUUCGUCGUCUUUGACUUUCACUUUUUAGCACUGGGCAUCACUCGAAAAUACCAUAUCAGCGGCGGUGCCAUUUAUUUGUCGCAGCCACCUCUUACCGACGCCGUAGCCAGCAAUAGCCAUCCACAGUAAUUACCAACCAUGCCGCCGACCGGCUCCAUAUCGCGCACAGAGCACUUCUCCGCUGCCCACCGUCUGCACAGCCCGCACCUUAGCGACGAGGAAAACAGGCGGGUGUUUGGAAAGUGCAACCACGCCAGCGGCCAUGGCCACAACUACGUGCUAGAGACCAUUGUCAGAGGGCCCAUCGACGCCAAAACCGGGAUGGUCGUCAACAUCGAGCAUCUCAAGCGCUGGAUUAAGGCUGCGGUGCUGGAUGUGGCCGACCACCGCAACCUGGACGCCGACAUUGCCUUCUUUAAGACGCGUCCGAGCACAACAGAGAACCUUGCCGUGUUCAUCUGGAUCCGCCUGACGCAGCUGAUGCCCGCCGGCCUCUUGCACAAGAUCGUCGUGUCCGAGACACCCAAGAACAAGGUUGUUUUCACGGGCGACGGGCUGGCCGACACUGACUUUCGAGACUGUGUUGUUUGAAUGACAAUGUCGAUUAAUGCUAAAUAAUACGAUAAAAAUAAAACUGAUGCACG